AUGAUUUUCACUUUUCAGAUCCAGUUGAGGGGUUCAGUUUAUUCAGAAAGUUCAAAAUCCAAAGCUAUAAAUGAAGGACCUGACCAGCACGGAGAUGAUUUUUUACGUGGAAAGAAGGAAUAUCACCGGCAACUGGAGAGGGAUGCACAUUUCCGUAGGAAGCAUAAUAUUCAUGUUUCUGGGAGCAAUGUCCCAUCACCUCUUCAGAAUUUUGCAGAGUUGAGAUCAAGCCCUUUCUGUAUCUCUUGCCUUCCGCUUAGGGAUGCACAUUUCCGUAAGAAGCAUAAUAUUCAUGUUUCUGGGAGCAAUAUCCCAUCACCUCUUCAGAAUUUUGCAGAGUUGAGAUCAAGAUAUAGCUGCAGAUCAUAUUUGUUGCCCAGUUUGGCUGCACUGGGAUUUAAAGAACCAACACCAAUCCGAAGGCAGGCUAUUCCAGUCUUAUUAUCUGGAAGGGAGUGUUUUGCAUGUGCACCAACUGCUUCUGGCAAAACCUUUGCUUUUGUCUGUCCAAAGGGAAGGUAG